CCAUCCCCUUAUCUAUCGGCUCGGUGCUCUGAAUCAAUCAACUGCUCCGAUUAAGCUCAUCCAUGUCGGAGAGCGACCGGCUUCAGCGGCUGGCGACGCCGUCGGCCCCGGCGGAGGAUGACGUGGACGUGGACGCCGACGGGACGACUUUCCGGGACAUCCACCCGUCUCCGGCGCCGACGCCGCUGCGGCAGCCCUCCUGGGACGUGGCUAGCCAGCGCUCGCUGUCCUCCUACUCGGACGAGCAGUUUAUGGCCAGCAUGAGUCGCGAGUUCACGGCCAUGGUGGACGCGGGGGGCUCCAGCAACGAUCUGCAGCUGGCGCGCAUCGGGGAGCACGAGCCUGAGCGGGAGACCAACCCGUUGGCCAUCGUGGCGGACCCCGGCUGCCCUCUACCGCGGGCGCCUGCGCCUACGUCCGAGGAGGUGGUGGAGGUGCGGCAGGUGAAGAAGGACGAGGCGGAGGCCAAGGUAGCGGCGUGGCAGGCGGAGGAGGUGGCCAAGAUCAACAGCAAGUUCAAGCGGGAGGAGGUGGUGAUCAACGGGUGGGAGAGCCAGCAGAUCAACAAGGCCACCACGUACCUCAGCAAGAUCGAGAGGAAGCUAGAGGAGGAGCGCGCCAAAGCGACGGAGAAGGCGCAGAACGAGGUAGCACGGGCGCGGCGGAAGGCGGAGGAGAAGCGCGCGUCGGCGGAGGCGGUGCGGGGUACCAAGACAGCCAGAGUCCUGGAGCUGGCCAACUUCAUGAAGGCCGUCGGCAGGGUGCCCACCAAGCGCUCCUUCUUCUCCUUCUCUUCCUAGCACCCGUCUUCCCCAAUCAAUCUUCUCCGCCAUGGACCAUCGACUUCCAUCCACCUUUCCCAUCGACCUAUACCUAGUAGUAUCACUCUUCAAUCCCAGGAUAUAAACUGUACAGAGUAUAUCUAGCACAAUCUCUUCUUUUUGCUGGCUUGUAGUAGUAUCACUCUACUCUAUUUUGGUAUUGUAAACAACAUCCAGACCGAGAACUGAGAAUUAGCAGUGUAAUGUACUAGUAGUAGCAGCUGACAUUCCUUUGGCUUUCCUACCGUAUCAUUUAGCAUGGGUUUGUUCCU